CGCGAGAUGGUAACAUAGCAACCGAAACAAUCUGUCGCACAGUGCUGGGUUAGUUUUACUUCGCUGUUAGAAGCACAUGAAGAUUGCAUUUAUCACUAGAUUGUAGCUAUUUGUAUUGAUACGGACAGUAUCCCGAGGUGUCUGAGCCCCGGGAAGCUUUUUUUGGCCAAGCGUUAGCGUACGGCCGAAGAAAAAUGAAGCCGCCUUCAGGUGAUCGUCUUUUUGUUGAAAGGACGUUGGCCCUCAUCAAACCGGAUGCCAUUCACAAAGCUGAGGAGAUCCAGGAUAUUAUCCUGAGGUCGGGCUUCACUAUCCUGCAGAAGCGGAGAGUGCAGCUCAGUCCAGAGCAAUGCAGCGACUUCUACGCAGACCAGUACGGAAAGCUCUCCUUUGCCAGCUUGACGGCCUUCAUGAGCUCCGGCCCAGUUGUUGCCUUGACCCUGGCUCGAGACAACGCCAUCGCACACUGGAAGUCCAUCAUCGGGCCUGCCAACAUCACAAAGGCCAGAGAAGCCCAACCGGACUGCCUGAGAGCCAUAUAUGGAACCUCUGACCUGAAAAAUGCUCUCCAUGGCAGUGAGUCAUUUCAUGCAGCAGUGAAGGAGAUCAAAUUUAUGUUCCCAAACACUGUAAUCGAGACCUAUCCCUCCAAAGAAGAGACUGAAGAAUACUUGAACACAUGUGUAAAUCCAGUGUUGGUGCGUGGACUGACUGAGCUCUGCAAGAAAAAGCCCCUGGAACCCCGCGUUUGGCUCGCUGACUGGCUGCUCAGAAACAAUCCCAACCAGCCCCGCAUAUGCGAAAGCGUCAUUGAGGAAGGUGAAGGAUGAAAAACAAACGCAAAAUUAAAGAGAAUAAUAUAAUCAUUGUUUUGACACAUUUCUCUACUCAUGAUUAAAGGUGUAACAUUUUU